AUUUCAGGAUUUACAAAGGUGCAGGUUUGUGCAGAUUUGAAGACCAAUAUCUUACGAGCUUGUAAAACAGCAACAAGUCAGAUGAUCAGAGUAAAUGAUGAGUACAAGUCAAAAGUGGCUGAGAUUUCAUUAUUUGGAAGAAGCUGAGCACAUUGGAGGAUUAUGCAGAAGACCUGUUUGAGAUGUGGUGGUUUCAACAAGGUCUCAGUUUCCUCCCGUCUGCCCUAGUAAUUUGGACAGCUGCUGCUUUUAUAUUUUCAUACAUUACAGCCAUAACACUUCACCAUGUUGACCCUGCUCUGCCUUAUAUCAGUGACACUGGUACAGUAGCUCCAGAAAAAUGCUUGUUUGGGGCAAUGUUAAAUAUUGCUGCAGUUUUGUGCAUUGCAACCAUUUAUGUUCGUUACAAGCAAGUUCAUGCCUUGAAUCCUGAAGAGAGUCGUAUCAUCAAAUUAAACAAGGCGGGCCUUGUACUUGGAUUACUGAGUUGUUUUGGACUUUCUGUUGUGGCAAACUUCCAGAAAACAGCCUUUUUUAUUGUACAUGUAUGUGGAGCUGUGCUCACCUUUGGCAUGGGCUCAUUAUACAUGUUCGUUCAGACCAUCCUUUCCUACCAAAUGCAGCCCAAAAUUCAUGGCAAACAAGUCUUCUGGAUCAGACUACUGGUGGUUAUCUGGUGUGGAGUAAGUGCAUUUAGCAUGCUGACUUGCUCAUCACUUUUGCACAGUGGGAAUUUUGGCACAGAUAUUGAACAGAAACUCCAUUGGAACCCUGAGGACAGAGGUUAUGUGCUUCACAUGAUCACCACUGCAGCAGAAUGGUCUAUGUCUUUCUCCUUCUUUGGUUUUUUCCUGACUUACAUCCGUGAUUUUCAGAAAAUUUCUUUACGAGUGGAAGCCAAUUUACAUGGAUUAACCCUCUAUGACACUGCUCCUUGCCCUGUUAACAAUGAACGAACACGGCUACUUUCCAGAGAUUUAUGAUGAAGGGAUAAAAUAUAUCUGUGAUGAUUGCGAUUCUCAGGGAUUUGGGGGAAAUGUUCAUGAAAGUUCCUUAUUCUGCUCUGAAAAUUUUAACCAGUUAAUCAAGGCUGACAGUGAUAUUGAUGAAUACUGAUAAUCAGGAAACAUGAAUAAAGCCAUUUGAUAAGUUAUUUUCAAGGAUGUCUUCAAGAAGACCAUGUAAAAACAUUUAUGCCUAUACUUUCUUUUUAAUCCCAGAAAAUAAAACCAAAGGACUACAAC